AUGUCCACGAGCCGCACCCCGCGAUGCCGACACUGCGCUCACUCCCUCGUGAGAGCUGAGGAUGCGCAGAAAAAAAUUUCUGAAGGUGAAAUGAUCCCUCGGAAAUGCGUGAAUGGUCGACAAGAACAUAAUGGUGACGGCCCUUACAAGGAAAGCCAUGGCACCAUCUGCAUCAACAGCACCAACUUCAACACCAGCUCCUGCACCAACUCCAACACUAACUUCAGCACUAACUUCAGCACCAUAGCUCCACCACCAACUUCAGCACCAACUUCAGCACCAACUCCAACACCAACUCCAACACCAACUUCAGCACCAACUUCAGCACCAACUUCAGCACCAACUUCAACACCAACUUCAGCACCGACUUCAGCACCCUCGCUAUCCCAGCCCUCACUGCAGCAGGACAAGCAAGAGUCCAACAGAGAAACAAAGGAUCUGCUACAAAUCUUCAUGAUGCAGCAACAGAUGGUUCAGCAGGAGAGGCUGUCUGUGUUCCUCCUCGAGCAAAAGCAGCCUCAUCCUACAGCAAUUCGUGCACAGAUGAGGCUUUUGGGCACACCGAGUUUGCAAGGAACUCCGGUUUACACAGCCCGUGUGGAUGUUGCUGUAUCCGCGCGGAAGUAUCUGCAGGAACCAGUCUUCAAGUCGUACAGUAUUGUUCUGACUCUUAUUCCCAUGGAAAACUCCGUACCACUCACCCUGGUUCCUAUUUUCUUCGUUUAUCGGGCACACGGUAUCACGUUCAAUAUUAGCUUACAUUAG